AUGGGUGACACAAUCCUGACUGGACAUCGUGAUCCAAACACCAACAAACUAUGGGAAAUCGAUCUCGACCACCAAGCACCGGAACAAGCCAAUCUCAUGGCCACAGCCAGCUCAACAACACCGGCCGACAUGGUAGCGUUUGCGCAUGCAGCCCUAUUUUCACCCGUCCCCUCCACACUCCGCGAGGCACUUAAAAAGAAAUACAUCAUCAACAUGCCCGGGCUUACACUCGAAGCAUUCAACAAACACACACCAAACUCUGUCGCCACUGCAAAGGGCCACCUCAACUAA